AUGUCGAACAUCAAUAGAACAAUUUGGAUAUUCAUUGAAACUGGUGUGGAAUGGGAAUUGAUUAUGGACACUGAGCAGCAGGUUACUAUUAAAGUAUUUCAUCAGGAAAUAUCAAGACAUAUCAUCAUGACUUUUGUGAACGCCAAAUGUUCUUCACUUGAAAGGCUAGAACUGUGGGACUACUUAUAUUACUUGGCCAGUGACAUGGAUAUGCCUUGGCUCGUUGGCAGUGAUUUCAAUGUGAUCUUAUAUGAACAUGAAAAGAUAGGAAGACUACCAGUGCACCCGCCUGAAUAUGAAGACUCUGCCUUCUGUAUAAACUCUUGUGGUUUGUUUGACCUUGAUUACAAGGCCAACCCUUUCACUUGGUGGAAUGGUAGUCCAAAUGAACAAUGCAUCUUCAAACGACUUGAUAGGAUCUUUGUCAAUCUACCUUUCCAGAAUAUCUUCCCAAAUGUAGAAGUAGAACACCUGAUACAGACAGGAUCUGAUCAUGCACCUUUGCUGAUGAGCUGUGGGCAGGAAUCUAUGCAGUUUGUUAAACCUUUUAAGUUCCUCAAUUUAUGGACAAAGCAUGACACUUUCAAACAGGUAGACAAACAAAACUGGUUGGCAGAUUUUAUUGGGGAUCCUUUCUUGAUGUUCAAACAGAAAUUGAAGAGAGUGAAAAUUGCCCUUUCACACUGGAGUAAAGUUACUUUUGGAGAUAUCUUCAAGAAAGUAGAUAUUAGGGAGGAUAUUGUCAGAAAGCAAAAGGCAGGAAUAAACUGGUUUGCUGAAGGUGAUAGAAACACAAGAUUCUUUCACAACUACGCAAAUGGCAAGAGGCGGAAAUUGAACCUCAAAAGGAUACAGGGCACAGAUGGGUAUUGGCUUGAAAGACAGGAACUUAUGGCAAAUGCUGCGCUGGAGUUCUUCAGCAACCAGUUUACACAAACAUGGAAUACCACUAACGAUGAAAUGCUUAACAAUGUACCUACUAUGGUGACACUUGAAUAUAAUUUGGAGUUAUGUAAAUAUCCUACAAUCGAUGAAGUGAAGGAUGCGAUUUUUGCUCUGUCUAGGGAUAGUGCAAGUAGACCAGAUGGUUUCACUGGCUUGUUCUACUAA